GUGAAAUCGGUGCAGAGUGGACGCGGAGACACCGGAUCUGGCAACCGGGAAACAUUCCGGAAUGAAGGAGGCGUCGACGGGUCAGAGCUGAGCGCCGCCCCGAGCUGAGGGGGUGAACUUUGUCACAAAUAUCCUCGAGUUGCCUCUUUUCUCCCUCGGACCUCCACUUACAGAUGCAUCCAGUGUUGUGCGCUCUGCAAAAUGUACAUCUGGUUCACCGUCUUAGCCGGACUGGCCCUUCUGUCCCUGCCGUUCCUCAAGACCCUCUUCCCUUACUUAGGCGAGGACUGCGUUUACAUCCUGCGGAGUAUUAAACUCGGCAUCAGGCUCGUCAAGUACAAGAAACGCAAACCUUUCUACAGCAUCGUGGACUGCUUCUUGGAUGCGGCGGAGGCGCAUCCCAGCAAGACUUUUCUGCACUUUGAGGGUCGAGAAUAUUCUUAUGGCGAAGUUGAUAAGCAGAGCAACAAGGUGGCCCGAGCCCUGCAGGCUGAAGCCCGGCUGAAGGAGGGGGACCCGGUGGCCCUGUUCCUGGCCAACGAGCCCAGUUUCGUGUGGACUUGGCUCGGUUUGGCCAAGCUGGGCUGCUCGGCCGCCCUGCUCAACUACAACAUCCGAUCCAGGUCUCUGCUGCACUGCUUCUCCUGCUGCUCGGCCAAGGUGAUCAUCGCCUCUGCAGAGCUGCAGGACGCCGUGGAGGAAGUCUUACCGACGCUGAGAGAGCGGGGGAUCAGCGUGUACCUCCUGUCAGAGGCCUGCAGCAUCCAGGGCAUCAACACUCUGUCUGACAAGAUCUCGCAGGCCUCAGAUCAGCCGCUGCCCCAGGACCUGAGAGCCAACGUCAGCAUCAGGAGCGUUGCUCUGUACAUCUACACGUCAGGCACCACAGGUUUGCCUAAAGCAGCCGUCAUCACCCACGAGAGGCUUUGGGCCGCCUCCUUCAUCCAGGCGGUAUGUGGAGUCACGUCAGAGGACGUCCUCUACAUCAACCUGCCUCUCUACCACAGUGCAGGCUUCCUCAUCGGGUUGGUUGGAGCCAUCGAGAGAGGUAUGACCAUUUUUCUGAGGAGGAAGUUCUCCGCCUCUCAGUUCUGGGACGACUGCAGGAAGUACAACGUGACGGUGAUGCAGUACAUUGGUGAAACAAUGCGCUACCUCUGCAACACUCCCCAGAAAGACGGCGAGAGGAACCACAGAGUGAGGAUCGCCAUCGGCAACGGGGUCCGAACAGACAUUUGGUCGCAGUUUCUGAAUCGCUUCGGGGACAUUAAAAUCCGAGAGCUGUAUGCUGCCACGGAGGGAAACAUCGGCUUCAUCAAUUACACGUCCAAGAUCGGCGCAGUGGGGCGGGUCAACUUUGUCCACAGGCUCUUCUUCCCCUACACUUUGAUCAAGUUUGACAUUGAGAAGGAGGAGCCUGUCAGGAACUCUGAGGGUCUGUGCAUCGAGGCGGCCAAAGGCGAGACGGGGCUCCUGGUGGGACGGGUUACUCAGAGGUCUCCCUUCAUUGGGUACGCUGGCAACCAGCAACAGACUGAGAAGAAGAGGCUUCGUGACGUGCUGAAAAAAGGCGACCUGUACUUCAACACUGGCGACUUGCUUCGGUUUGAUCACCAAAACUUUGUGUACUUUCAGGAUCGAGUUGGCGACACUUUCAGGUGGAAAGGAGAGAACGUGGCCACGUCGGAGGUCGCAGACAUUCUCACAAUGGCUCAUUGCAUCUUGGAGGCAAAUGUCUAUGGCGUCAAAGUUGAAGGCCAUGAGGGGCGGAUCGGCAUGGCAGCUGUCAUUUUGAGAGAGGGGGAAGAUUUUGACUGUUCCGACACCUACAAGAAGGUCGCCAGCUACCUCCCGGCCUACGCGAGACCUCGAUUCAUCAGGAUUCAGCCCUGCCUGGAGAUGACGGGGACGUUCAAGAUGAAGAAAGUGAGGCUGGUGGAGGAGGGAUUCAACCCAGAUCACGUCAAAGAUCCUUUAUACUUUUUAGAUCCCGAGAAAAAGAUGUACGUUCCCCUGACCGAGGAGAUCCACCGAGCCAUCGCCUCCAGGGAAAUCAAACUCUAACAGAGGAAGCAGUCAGGCAACACGCCCGUCGGCAAAGUAGCAGCUCAUUCGUGGACUUUUUAACAUUCAACUAAACUCAGGACCAGACUGACGUCACAUCAUGUUUGAAGAGACCUUUUUUUUUUUAAUUAACUCAACUACUGUGCAUCUCUACAGUUUUUGUAAUCCAGUGUGUGACAUACAGGUAUGUCUUACUGCCACCGCUGUGCUUUUCAUAAUUAAACUGUAAUUAUUACUUUAAUUAUCUUUUCCCCCUGACUCAUAAUUUGCGAUUGGACAGAUGAAUUGUUGCAGUUUAAAGUUGGUUUUAAACCAAAGUUGCAGCCAGUCUCUGCUUUAUCAGCUUGUGUGUACUCAUAGCUCAGACUGUGUCAUGUAACGGAAGUGAGGGAGUGUUUGGGUCUUCAGGUUAACCUGCCCCCUGAGUGCUCUGUUGUUUAACUAGAAGCCUGCAUAAUGUGCUUUUUAUGGCCAGUGCAACUUCCUGACCAACACAACCUUACAUGGCAACAAAUCUGCUCUCCCAUCCACCCAAAUGUGUUUUUUCUUAUUGUUCCUUCCCGUGAGUGUCUGACUUUCACCGUGCAGGAUGUCGUGUGUGCAGAGUUUGACUCUAGAAGACUGUUUGAACUUUCAUUUGCUGAUACAUUUUUCCGUGCUUAUCCUAAAUCUCAGUUUAACGCGUGCAGCAUGUUUUCAUGGCAUUGCAGCGAGGCAGGAAGAGAACAUACUUUUCAGUGAAGUGGGAGACAUCUUGUAUCUAGUUAAAUCUUUUAAAAUUAAAAAUAUUUUCAUAUUCAUAGGGCUCAGAUGUUUGGAUUUGGAGGGAGACGGCAAAGAUGUGACAUUAAACCAGAUAACUGAACGUUUUUUGUUGUAGUUGCAAACUGCAACCUCACCACUAGAUGUCACUAAAUCCUACACACUGGUCCUUUAAAGUAUCUUUGAGUUGCCAGUUUAUAAUAAAAAAGUCUGGAAGUGUGACAACCAAUUAAAUCGUUGACAGAUUACAUAGAAUUAAAUAAGUGAAGAAAAUAAAAUUAAUAUUUUUUGUAUAUUUUUAAGGUGUUCACUUUUUGUUUUAACUAUUUUAGAUCAUCACUUUGAAGGUAGUUUGUGGUGCUGAUUAUACUGACAGGUGUUUCUGUUACUUUGGGGUCGGCUAACCACAAACUGCUGCAUCCAAAAUGACCGUAACCUUAAAUCGACACCUCGUUAAAACUGUUAAGACACAAACUGAACAUCAUGAUGUUCAGGAUGGUGGAGUAUACUGCAGGACCGUUGUGUUUGACAGUAUUAGUUUUAGCUCGGUGUAGCUAAAAACUGGCAACUUAAAAACUGCCUGGAGGGGAUAUUUUUAGAAAGAAGGAACUUCUGUCUGACUUCACCCAGCCAGCAAAUCAGAAAAGGUCAGAUUGACAAAAACAACAUCAGGAAAUUCAUUUUUAAGGAACAUAAGGUUAGAAAGAGACAAACUGUUGUUUAUCUGUUAAUGACGGCUGUUUGCACUGGAUUUUCCCUGCACGCAUGCAGAAUAAUCCAGCUGACUGCUCAGUUUACUGAGUUUACAUGAGGAACGCAGCAGCGAGUGGCAGAAAACUGGAAUCAAGCAUUUCAUACUGACAAUACAAACGCUAACUUCACAACCCACAGAGGAAUCCUCGCAGCCGUUUGGCAGAAAACAGUCUGGGUGUGUCGAUAUGUCAAACAUCUGGAAGUUUAGAUCCACACAACGCAUGAAUCCAAGGAGCACUUACUUUAAAAAUGAAUUUAUUUAUUAAUACAGUGGUAUACUUAGAAAUGUGUCGCAAAGGAAAAAAAAUUGAACCAAAGGAAAAAAAUAAAUAAAAAGAAUGUCAGCCACACGGGAAAAUAAACUAGUGUUGGGUUGAAGCAGUGUUAUCAUAUCAAAAGAAAACAGUACUGAUGUGCCAUAAUAAAUUGUCUAUUAGUACAAAAAUACAUUUCAGGGCACACAAUACAGCAUCCAGUAUCACAAAUAAAGGAAGGGACCACUCUUCACAGCAGACCCCCUCAAGUACAUCUUUUAAAAUCAUUUAAACCAAGCACUUCUCUAUUUUGUAAAUAAGAAUAAAAAGUUUUCUGACUGUUAAAAAUGCCUUA